AUGAGAAGGCACUGUGACCGGAGAUUGCUCCUGGUGGGCACAGCAUAUGUCCUGUGGCGCUCCUGCACUGGUUUGGCAGAAAGCUUUGUGCCAGGCGAGACUCCUCGCCGGGCUAUGUUGCUAGCUCUGCCAGUUCUGGGCGCUCCUGGUGCGGCUUCAGCCUUGCCGCAAGGUAUCACGGACCCUUCCGAGUACUUGAACAGGCGCAAGAGGGAACUCAUCCCGUACAUGAAGCAGGGCAUCGAUUAUUUGGAGGGCCAUGACAUCGACGAGAGGAUGCUCAAAUUCCUCCCCAAGAUGUGCAAGAAGAUGGAAGCCUACGCAGGCAUUCAGUCAAAAGACGAUGCUCCUGACAAGACGGUGUACAAGUUGAAUGCCCAUGUUCGAGCUUUUGAGAAAGCUGUGAAAAACAACGACAAGCCGGCCGCGCUUGAGGCAUUUAAGAAGUACCAGAAUGACAUGCCGCAAGGCCUUGCCCGUUUCGACAUCCAUGACCCGGUCACAUUUGAGGGACCCAAGGUGUGA